AUGACUACUUUCUCGUCUAAACAUCAUAUUCAUCAACUAAAACGAUGUUAUAUUUUAUUAAUUCUAUUUAUAAUUUUUAGAUCGCAUACUUCUAAUGCUCAAUUCAAUCAUAAAAAUGUCCAAACAAAUAACAUCGGUCAGAACUGGAAAAGAGAUACAGGGGGACUCCCUCCUAACUCUACAACGACACCUAAUAAUGCACCUACUAAUACACCUAUUACCACACCUAUCACCACGCCGCUGAGAAUAAAUCUUACUUUUGAAAAGUCUUUAAUGCAAUGGAACUUUCCGAUUGAAGUUGGAACACCACCUCAACCAAUUAAUAUGACAAUUGGCACAACAUCAAACUUACUCUGGGUCGUCAGCGAAUUUUGCAUGAAUUCAAGUGGAAAUGCUUGCAAAGAUCGAACAACAAACUUUUUCGAUACAUCUCUUUCGAAUACUAUCUCGGGUGAUUAUCCAGAAUUCACAAUUAAAUAUAUUAAAGGAAGUGUUCUUAGCGGUGUAGAGGCCAAUGAUACAAUUAUAAUUAAUAAACAAACUUUCGAACAACUGGGAAUUGGAUUGCCUAUUGAUAUAAAUGGAACCGAAAACGUCAUCAUUCCGGUUACAACUUCAGGACAAAUAGGUCUUAUGCCUUACCAGAAUAAUCAAAUCGUGGGAAUGGCUCUUUCCAUGAGCUCCGAAAAUGCUGGCUUAGGGGGAAUAAUUACACUUGGAGGAAUAAAUUCAGAAUAUAUUAUAGGGAAUAACGAAAGUAAUAUAGUAUAUCAACAUCUUCCUCAAAUCACUGAUCAAAAUCAGCAAUUCUCAAUUAAUGUUACUAAUGUAUAUAUAAAUAAUAAUCCAAUUAAUUUACCUGGGUUAGUUUGGUUUGAUAGUGGAAUCCAAAACAUCCAAUUAGAUGAUAAUAGUGCCAAAAUAAUUAUAAAUAAUUUACCUGGAGGUAAUUAUUCUAAUGGUAUAGCAACGGUAGAUUGUAACAUUUCAAAUACUUUUGGUCUAUUUUUUGAAAUUGCAAAUCAAAAGUGGAGACUACCAUCAAGCGUAAUUAGUAAGAAUAGCAUAAGUGGUACAAAUAAAUGUGAAUCUAUAAUUACUGGUGGCGCUAAUGAUGGUUCUUGGAUAUUUGGAAGUGCUUUUAUUACGAAUUUUUAUAUGGUUUUUGAUCAAAAAAAUUCUCAAUUUGGUAUUGCCUCUCGAAGUGAUAUUAAUUAUGGUCCUACGCCUAUUUCUCAAGCUAAAAUAUUAGUUCAAGUUCCCGAUUUACAUUACGUAAAUUUUGGCGUAGUAUGCUUGAAAAUAACUGAUCAAGAAGGAAAGACUCAAGCAUUUACUCUAGAAAAUAUUGAUCCUAAUGGCUAUUACCAUCUAGGUGAUAAUUAUUUAGCACAAGAAGGUUUUAAUUAUUCUAUUGGCUUUUAUACCGGACCACCAAGUAACAAUCUUAAUUGUUCUGGGAAGAUAGCAAUUUUAACUCCUUAUUUCAAAGCAAACGUUAUAACUGGUCUAUGGGAUAUUAAUAGAAAGGAUUAUUCUGUCGGAAUUAAAGUUCAAAUUCCUAAUGGAACAAAAUGUUUGCAUAUGUCAAUUCGAUUAACUGAUAAUUCUUUUGAUACACGAUAUUUUCCUAUAGAUGGAAAUGGGAUUGUUAUCGAUGGGUAUUACCAUAUAAACGAUCCUUCAGCAUAUGUAUCUUUUGUAUAUACUUUUGAAGCUUAUGAUGAUUAUAAAAGUGAGUCGUCUAUAUGUUGGGGAAACCUUAUAGCUCGACAUCCUAAUUUAUCUCCAGACAUUACAAAUGAUCCAUGGGCUGUGCCAUUAAAUGGGAUAGUUUCUUAA